GAGAGAAAGAGGCACGCGCUUCUAUUGUAUUUCAGCGUGUGUGCGGCUCACCUUCAGAACUUCCCCUGAACCAUCGAUCAUCAGCAGCAGUCACAUAUCACAGGAUUUACAACGUAUUCAUUUUUCAUUCCGUGUCUGUCACUUUCCAUUUAAGUUUCUGGGGUAAAGAUAUCCGCCUAUUGUGUUCACUUCUUAUACACGUUGAUUAGGAGGAAAUACUUCUUAUUUCCACUCUUAAAGACCAGUGCUCUUAACUUGUCAGCCAUCGGGCUAACCUCCCAGACCCUUCCUCUUCAACAUUCUGCCGCCGUCUGAGGCAAAGUUUACCAAGCCGAACACAAAGGAGGUGAAGACGGCUGCAGAGAGAAAUAGGAAGACUCACAGACUGAGUUACAGUAAACAUUAUGUCAGGUGUCAUGUUUGUGGUGGCAACAUCCUGCCUUGGCUGUCCUCUGUUGUCACUCUUUCUUCAAGGCGUACCAUGGGGUUUGGCAAGGUGGUAUUUUGUCUAAAAACAAGUCAAAGCAGCUGAGUUUGUGGAAUGAAAACGCAAAGAAAGCAAAUAAUAAGAAAAAACAACCAUGCCGGAGAAUGACCAGCUGGUCUAUAUCGGCCUGGAGCUGGUGAUCGCCUUACUGUCUGUGGCGGGAAACGUGCUGGUCUGCUGGGCCGUCUGCCUCAACUCCAAUCUGCAGAGCAUCACCAACUUCUUCGUGGUGUCACUGGCAGUGGCUGAUAUUGCUGUGGGGCUGCUGGCAAUCCCCUUUGCUAUCACUAUAAGUACCGGCUUCUGUGCAAACUUCUUUGGCUGCCUCUUCAUCGCUUGCUUCGUCCUCAUCCUCACCCAGAGCUCCAUCUUCAGCCUGCUGGCUAUCGCCGUCGACCGCUACACCGCUAUCAAUAACCCACUCAGGUACAACAGCCUGGUGACAGGGCAGAGGGCAAAGGGCAUCAUCGCAUUGUGCUGGGUCCUCUCAGUGGGCAUCGGUCUGACACCAAUGCUGGGCUGGAACACAGGUUUGAACACAACCGCCCCAACCAGCAGCAAAAUAUGCCCUGAAGGUUUGACCGAGUGCCUGUUUGAAGGAGUGGUUACCCUGGACUACAUGGUCUAUUUCAAUUUCUUCGGCUGUGUGCUGGUGCCCCUGUUGGUCAUGCUGGUCAUCUAUGCCCAUAUCUUCAUGGCUGCUCGACGCCAGCUCCGACUAAUGUGUCUCAAAGUCGCACACACGCCCGCUCCUGGAGUUAUAACUUCAUCGUCGAGCUCAUCUCGUUCCACCCUGCAGAAGGAAGUUCACGCAGCCAAAUCGUUGGCUAUCAUUGUCGGUUUGUUCGCAUUGUGUUGGCUCCCACUGCACAUCAUCAACUGUUUCAACCACCUGUGUCAGGACCGUGGGCGCGUACAUAUCUGGGUAAUGAACAUUGCCAUCAUCCUUUCCCAUGCUAACUCUGUGGUGAAUCCCUUCAUCUACGCGUAUCGCAUACGGGAGUUCAGGCAGACCUUUCGAAGGAUCCUGUACCAGCAAAUCCUCGGGCAGAGGGAUGGACGUGGGUUUGUGAACGAUUGUGGUGAUGGCAGAAGUGUUGGGAAAAGCAGUUUCAGGCGGCGGACUUCUUCCCGUACCAGUAAAGAGGGUUCAUCGAGUGGCACCGUAGUGAAUAGUUACGUCCUGGACUCCAGUCCUGAGCGAUCUACACCAAAAGCAACUCAUGAAGUCUCUUGCCAUUGGACAUCAAAUUUAGACACUGCACCAGGUAGUUACAUACCUAACGGACAGCAUGUGAAGGGUAGCCACCUUCCAGGAAUGCAGCAACCAUGUAUCACAGGCUUUGCUGCUCAGGAUGGAGUCCAGUUGGUCUCCUAUUUGAAGGGAACAACAGAUGUGUUGGAGGUGAAAGACAAUGAAAAUUGCAUUGCUUUUGUAAAUGUUCAGGCUUUUUCUCUUAAACAAUCUGACUUUGAACAUUCAACAGAGCUCACAAAAGUCUCAUGACAUAGAUAUUUAGGUAUUUAAAGGGGACAUAUUAUGCUCAUGUCAUACUUUGGUUUUCUAAUAGGACAUUUUUACAUGCCUAAAUGUUCAAAAAACACUUAAUAUAUCUCCAACGGUCUUUGUGUGUCUGAAAUGCUCUGUUUUACCGAAAGAGCCCAGUCUCCUCUGACUGACCUGCAGGUAAAGAACCCAGGGGAGCUAAAUCUGAAUGGUUUCUUGAAUCCUAUGUUUUCAGAUCUAGGCAGUCCGCCCACGGUGUAUUAUUUCACAGGUUGAGUGUAAUAAUUCCAGGAACCAAUAUGUGCAAAUGGUAUAAUGAUAUGUCCUCUUUAAAUAUUUGUAUAUGCCAUAAAACCUAUACAAGUCUGAAAACAUAACAAAAUGAAAAAGGAUUAAUAAAGCCUCAAUAAAACCCACAGUAACUGUAAGCACCUGUUGCUCUCUUUUGUUGCCCACUUACUCUUUAUAUUCAACCAAUGUUGAGACAUAAUGACAUGUAGUACAAUAACAUAUAUAUGCUCUUUUUCUAAGCCAAAUGCUUUUUCAACUGUACUGUAUCUUGCAUUUAUAUUUUCAUUAGACAAUAAACAUUUGAAACUUUGAAUUGUA